CUCACAUCACACCACCAGUUAUGGCACGCAUUCUCAUCACCGGUUCAUCUGACGGUCUGGGCUCCAUUGUCGCCCAGAAGUUGAUCUCUCGUGGUCACUCUGUUGUUCUCCAUGCACGCAACAACACGCGCGCCAAAGAUGCCACCGCCGCAGCGCCAGGCGCCGAAGGUGUCGUGACCGGCGACCUUUCAGAUAUUGCAUCAAUGAAAUCCAUGGCAAAGCAAAUCAACGACUUGGGGUCCUUCGACUGCAUCAUUCACAAUGCGGGUGUCUACCAGGGUGACUUCCGGAAGACCGGCGACGGCAUUCCCUCAUUAGCAGCAGUCAACACACUCGCGCCCUACAUUCUUACAGCUCUUAUAAGUAAGCCAAAGCGCUUGGUCUUCUUGUCAAGUGAGAUGCACCGAUCUGGGUCCUCGGACCUGUCAGAUCCCCUGUACGCCAAGAAGGGUGAAAGUGGGUUCAGCGACACCUCAGCAUACUGCGGCAGCAAGUUGCACAACAUCCUGUUUGCAAAGGCAUUUGCGAGACGAUGGCCUGAAGUUAAAAGCAAUGCACUUGACCCAGGAUGGGUGGCCACGAAGAUGGGAGGUCGCGGUGCAACAGGCAGUGUCGACGCUGCAGCUGAGACGUACGUCAUGCUCGCUGAAGGCGAAGAGGAGAACGCAAAGAAGACGGGGCAGUACUUCAGGCCGGCAAAGAGGAUUGGUUCACCGCUGAAGGCGGCUGAUGAUGAGCAGCUGCAAGAUAGGUUGCUGGAGAUUUGCAGUGAAUUUUCUGGGGUCAAGUUACAGUAAGUAUGUGUUAUUCAUACCUGUCUGCUCCAUCUUUCUGUAUUUAUCUGGUCGACUCAUAUAAAACUCAAAUACCUAGCUUUUCCUUGGCUUUCUU